GUGACCUUACAACCUGUACUUGCGCCAGUUCCAACCAACGGCACUAAAAAGUCACGACUUAUCCAAGUGGAGGCUGAUCCAGAUGUGGUUGGUCCAGUGCUAGCCGAUUUUCAGAAAGAUCAUGACACCAAAUGGACGGACGACGCCACGAAUCCAUUGCAAUUCUACAGAGUCAUCCCUAUGAUACAAGAAUAUGCUAGGGUGUGUGUGAGAACGCUACUCAGUGAUGAAAAAGUGCUAGAGCAGUUGAAGUCCGAGAACUUCGAUGUCGGAAUUACAGAACUGUUCGACUUCUCCGGCUUUCCGGUGUUUGAGGCGAUAGGACUAAAAAAUAUCAUUGGCGCACAUUCGAUUUCGAGUUUGAUGGAAGGCUCCGCUUAUGCCGUGGGCGCUCCAGUGAUUCCCAGCUAUAUGCCAGCCUCACAGGGGAUCACAGAUGAUUCGACCUCAUUCUCGACUCGUGUCAAAAAUAUUAUCUACACUUAUCUUUCCUUCCACUUUCACAACAGCGCCGCAAGAGCUGCAGAAGAGGUUAUGUUCGAAAAACUUGGAAAAGCUGCCACUCCGAUAUGGGAUACUGUAGCAAAUAUGACAUGGUUGCUCACGAAUGCUGAACCGCUAUUUGAAUUUGCAAAACCGACGCUGAAUAAAAUUGAUUGGAACCGCAUCUUAAGUCUGCGUUCUCAUACCAUACUCAUCUCUUUUGGAUCCGUUCUGCGGGGUGCGAACAUGCCUGAAGCAUAUAAGCGAUCCGUCAUGAAUCUUGUAAAGGCGUAAGU